AUGCUUUGUCCAAAAAGCGUUGUCACUCAGUUUGCUGUAGCUACAACAUACGAAGAACCCAACAGCUGUGAAAACAUUCUCAAGACAACGACCAUCACCUUUACUGGUAGCUCUCCUAUCACGCCGUCUUCUACUUCCGACUGGGAGGACUUUGAUAGUGAAAAGUCCGUGAGCUUCAACCGGGGUGCUUGUCCAUCAGGUUGGACUUACAAUGCUGUCGCCCGAUGGCUAUCAGUUGAGAUCGCUCAGUCAGGAAGCCCAUCCGCCUGUACUGAGCAGCGAACAGACUACUGA